UUGGCUUUGCGGCUUGGGAAUGGGCUGAGUGGGAGGAGGGUCUUUGUCUACCACAAUUCAUCAUCCCGGCCGGCCUCUUGUUUGUAGCCUCUGCCCCCAUUCCACGAAAGAAAUAAGAGCAUUUUAACAACUAACUUCCUUUGUGAUUAAGUAAAAGAAAAUGCUAUCCCUUUAAUUGAUACGAGGCAGGUAGCGGAAAAAGAAGGAUCCAAUUAUGCAUCUUUCUCAGAUACCUACUUUUUCAACAAAAAAAAAAAAAAAAAGGCACAAGGAAAAGUGGGGGGAGCCCGGAAAGGCCUAAUUUACCUUAAUUCAAAGCAGUUACUUGGCACAAGAAGUGUAUAAUUGUGUAUAUAUAUGUCUCCCGGUAAUGUGAUGAUAGACAGUUUGGGCUCUGCAUUUGGUUCUCUAGCAGACUGAAGAACUCACUCUCAAACAUUUGCCCUGCACACAAAGCUCUCCCCAGCCCAGCAGUGUCACUGGAAGAGAAAAAAAAAGAAAUGGCUAGAAGAUGCAGAAAUCUCUCAUUCCUGAUCCUAUCCUUUCUCUGUUCCUUCAUUUCUUCACAUUGCUCCCCAGACUCGUUCGUGUUUGGUGGUUGCACUCAGCAAAAAUACACUCCCAACUCGCCCUAUGAGUCGAAUGUCGACUCCCUCCUCACCUCCCUGGUCAAUUCAGCCACCUACUCGUCCUACAAUAGGUACACCGUCAUGGGCUCAAGCCCCCAGUACGUAGUCUAUGGCCUGUACCAGUGUCAAGGAGACCUAUCCAUGCCCGACUGUGCUCAGUGUGUUGCACGUGCUGUAACGCAGUUGGGCACAUUGUGCUCCCAAACAUGUGGCGGCUCAUUGCAGCUACAAGGUUGUUUCGUGAAGUAUGACAAUGCUAGCUUUCUUGGAGUUGAGGACAAGACAGUGGUGCUGAAGAAGUGUGGGCCUUCGGUCGGGUAUGAUACCGAGUCCAUGGGACUGAGGGAUGCAGUGUUGGGGAGCCUGGCUAGUGGUGGUGGGCCUUACCGGGUGGGUGGGUCUGGGAAAGUUCAGGGCAUCACUCAGUGUGUUGGGGAUUUGAGCAUGGGCCAGUGCCAGGACUGUGUGUCCGAGGCGAUUAGAAGGCUGAAGAGCGACUGUGGAACGGCGGUUUAUGGUGAUAUGUUCCUGGCAAAAUGCUACGCGAGGUACACAACCAUAGGGGCCCAGGCGUACUCUAGCAGCAGCAGCAGCGGAAAACCCAACGAUAAGGGUGUGAAGACAUUCGCAAUCAUUGUGGGGUUGCUCGGGGCAGUUGCUCUGCUCAUUAUUUUCCUCAUCUUCAUAAGGAAAAUCAUCGGCGGAGGCGGGAAAUGAAGAAAGUGUCUCCCGGCGGCGGACUGAGAUGCCGAUGGUUUCAGCAGUUCAGUCCAUUAUCCUUCAUGUCGUACUUUUAACACCCUCCACCCCACAACCCAUAAACAAAACAACCCUCACUCCUCCCAAAUGAGAAGGAAAGGAAAGGAAAGAGAAAAAGUUGCACAUAUGCAGUCCAUGUACAAAAAAAAAAAAAAAAAAAACAGAGAGAGAGAGAGAUUCAUUCUUUUUUUUUUUUUUUUGUGGUCUUUUCCCCUUGUUCCUCUAAAGGCCUGUGAUUUUUGCCAAUUGUUUGUACUGUUAUUUUGAACUUUGAAUGUUCAUCCCCCUGCACCUACAGUACUAAGUACUAAACAUAAGAGUGCUUUGCUUCUUCUUCUGAAGAAGAUUAUUGAACUGCA